UUUUAUUGUAUUUCUGUAUUGCUCAUAGGCCCUUCUUUUUUUUCUUUUUUCACUGCCUGCAAUUUGCGCAGGCGAUUCUCCCACUCCUCCGCCCGGAAGGUUUUUCGCCGCCGCCGUCGAGGAUAAGGACGCCAUUUACAGCCAUCAAACAGCUCCUUAGCAGCCGACAAGGUUUCUCCUCGCACCUUGGUACCCCUGUUUUAAGCGCGCCUUGUUAAGGUUUCUCCUCGCACAGUUGUCCUGCUCCCCCCUCCUUUCAAUCAACCUGUAACGGAGCUUCAAGACAUGCCUUCCAUGGCAAACACAACUAAUGGAGCACAUGAAAAUCAUCACAAUCAAAUCCUAAGGCGGCAACAGAUUCAGAAACAAAGAAGAUCUUUACCAAUUGCUUCCGUUGAAAAGCGGCUUGUGGAGGAGGUUCGUAAGAAUGACACAUUAAUAAUCGUUGGAGAGACUGGAAGUGGAAAGACAACGCAACUUCCUCAAUACCUUUAUCACGGGGGAUUCUGUCGUGGUGGUGGAGUUAUUGGAAUCACUCAACCCAGACGUGUUGCAGCCAUAAGUGUUGCAAAAAGAGUUGCCGAGGAAAGUGGUGUUGCAUUGGGUCAAAGGGUCGGAUAUGCUAUUAGAUUUGAGGAUGUGACCUCCAACUCAACAAUGAUCAAAUACAUGACAGAUGGUUUGCUUCUUAGGGAAGCAUUAUUGGAUCCGUACCUCUCUAAGUAUUCUGUUAUUAUUGUUGAUGAGGCUCAUGAGAGAACAGUCCACACUGAUGUGUUACUUGGCUUGUUGAAGGAUGUACAGAAAAUAAGGUUACAAAAUGUUUCCAAAGGAGUUAAUGUUAACGGUAUGAAGUCUAAGAAUGAACUGCAGUCCGAGGAUAAAAAAGAUUGUGAUUCUAAUAGCAUCCUCCACAGGCGCCCGGCUAAAAAAUUUACCCCUUUGAAAUUGAUCAUCAUGUCUGCCAGUUUAGAUGCCCGUGUUUUUUCUGAGUACUUUGGUGGUGCUAAAGCUGUUCAUGUUCAGGGGCGUCAGUUUCAUGUAGAUAUAUUUUACACCCAUAAGCCAGAGACAGAUUACAUAGACGCAGCAUUGAUUACUAUCUUUCAGAUACAUUUGGAGGAGAGCCCUGGUGAUAUACUGGUUUUUCUCACUGGCCAAGAAGAGAUUGAAUCCGUUGAGAGACUUGUUUGCGACCGCCUCCGACAUUUACCUGAAGCCAAUAGGAAACUCUUAAUUUUUCCCAUAUUUUCAUCUCUUCCUUCGGAAAAGCAAAUGAAAGUGUUUACAACUGCACCGGCUGGGUUCCGUAAGGUAAUAUUGGCAACAAACAUUGCUGAGACAUCGGUGACUAUACCUGGAAUCAAGUAUGUCAUUGAUCCUGGUCUGGUAAAAGCACGCACCUAUGAUGCGGAUAGGGGAAUUGACUCACUGGUUGUUGUGAAAACAUCUAAAGCACAAGCACUGCAGAGGAGUGGGCGUGCUGGCCGAGACGGACCUGGCAAAUGCUAUCGUCUUUAUCCAGAAUGUGAGUUUGAGAAACUUGUUGAUUCUACAGUUCCAGAAAUAAAGAGAUGCAAUCUUGCAAAUGUUGUGUUGCAGCUCAAGGCUCUUGGGAUUGACAAUGUUGUUGACUUUGACUUCAUUGAGAAACCAAAGAGGAUUGCUUUGAUCAAAUCACUGGAGAUUCUCUAUCUGAUGGGUGCUAUAACAGAAAAUGAUGAACUAUCUGAUCCCACCGGACGUCAAAUGGCUAAGUUGCCUUUAGAACCCAUGCACUCAAAGGCUCUCAUUCUUGCCAGUGAGUUCGGCUGCUUAGAAGAAAUGCUUAUCUGUAUUGGAAUGCUCUCUGUUGAAUCCAUCUUUUAUGCUCCUCGUGAAAAGUUGGAUGAGUCGCGGAACGCAUGGAAGAACUUUGCCAGCUCCGAAGGAGAUCAUUUGACUUUGCUCAAUGUAUUUCGUGCUUCUAAUGAUUUUUUCGAGAAGAGCAAGAUGGCAAAUGGUGAACAGAAAGCUGAAAAGAAUCUCAGAAAGUGGUGCAAGGACAAUUUCAUCAACAGCCGCUCCCUAAGACAUGCACGUGAUGUUCACAGCCAAAUUCGCAGGAAUGUGGAACAGAUGGGUCUCCGGAUCUCUUCUUGUAUGGAUGACAAACUUCUCUUCAGAAGAUGUUUGGCAGCUUCAUUUUUCCUGAAUGCAGCUCUGAAGCAGCCUGAUGGUUCUUACAGGGUUUUAUCCAGUGGAUCGACCGUUCAAAUCCACCCUUCCUCCGUACUGUUCCGGGCAAAACCAGAGUGCGUAGUAUUUAAUGAGAUAGUUCAAACUAAUCACACCUUUGUUCGCAACGUCUCUGGAAUUGAUUAUUUGUGGCUAGCUGAGUUAGCCCCUCAUUUCUAUGCCUUGCAAGAAUGAUGUAUGUAUUCAAGUUUUGUUCUUUGUAUUAUUAUUAAUUAAGUUCUUUAAUUUUUUUUAUUGUUGUGAGAGAUGACAAACAAGUGAUAUGUUACAUCACAUUGGCUUGUUGUAUUUUGUUCAUACUUCAUACAUUUAUAUAGUGAUAAAAUGAACAUUAUGCAAUUUCGGAACCCGAUGUUCUCGGAAUAUUGUCUGUAAUAGG